AUGUCAUCAAACGAAGACAACAACCAAGCUAAAUCAUCUCCAAGCGUAGAGGACCCCAGAGGAGAGCUCACGGCUCAGCUGGAAGAGUUGCUCAACACACUAUCCAACAAAUUCGCCGGUGUUUCAAGUGAGAUAUUUGCAAAGAUGGAUGAGAUGUCGCGCAGGUUAGACAACAUCGAGGCACAGUUGUCGACACAGCCGCAAGAUAAUCAAGGAAGCUCAAAAUGA